AUGGAUAGAAAAUUUAGAAAUUACGUAUCGCAAAGUGGUAGUAGUACGACCGUUAAAAAAUCUCAAGGUAUCAAUAGAAUAGAUGGUAAAUUAACAAAUUCGUUAUCCUCGUCAUCGCCAUCUUCUUCUUCUUCUGAUUAUCAAAAUUCAAGUGUUAAUUCACCAAUAAGGAAAAUUCGUAAACCUACUCCCGUACCUCAAUCUGUACAACCAACGCAUUUUCUCGAUAAGGCUAUUAGAAAAACAACAACAAGAAAUGAUUCGAUACCUGAGACAAAAGUCGUUAAUAAAACUACAACAAGAAGUGUUGUAAAUUCACCUUCUUCGAAAACUUCUUAUUCGAAUCGUUUGCCAUCAUCUGACUUAACAACAAAAUCGAAUAAUAUUUCAUCGGAUUUGGUCGAUUGUAAAAUAUGCGGAAGACAUUUUGAUAAAGAAAGAGUUUCCAAACACGAGGAGGUUUGUUUAAAAUCUAAAAGAACUAAAAGAAAACCAUUCGAUGCUCUACAGCAAAGAGUUAAAGGAACAGAAGUUGAAAAAUAUGUUAAUAGAAAAACAAAAACUGUUAGAAACGUACCGGAUAAAACACCGAAACCGCAAAACGAUUGGCGUAAAAAACAUGAAGAAUUUAUUCAAAAUAUAAGAGCGGCUAAGGAGGUCUCGGCACAUUUGAAAAAAGGUGGAAAACUUAGCGACCUCCCACCUCCUCCACCUUCUGAUUAUUCUGAUUAUAUUCAAUGUCCUCAUUGUUUGAGAAAAUUUUGCAGUGCUGCAGCCGAACGUCACAUACCAAAAUGUGUCAAUAUAAUUAAUAACAAACCUAAAUCUGGUUUACAAAAAAAUUCGACGAAUUUAAAACAAAAUUCUAAAAUUAUGCAUUCUGCUACUUCUUCUGUUAGAAGUAGAAAAUAA